AUGGGUUCACAGAUUGCAGACCCUGAUGAGAUUACUGUGCUUGUCACAGGCUUUGGUCCCUUCAGGGAGCAAUACCCCAUUAACCCCUCAUGGGAAAUCGCAAGCUCCCUGCCAUCAUAUCUUCCUCCGCUACGAGCCAAGGAUCCUAGCUCGAGACAUGCGGUCGCUGUUCUACCAAAGGUGCGCAUUGUAGUACACCCGCAGCCUAUCCGGGUCAACUACAAGACAGUGAGAGGUCUAGUGCCGUCCCUCCACGACUCGGCACAGCGGUUCGAUGUUGUUCUUCACAUUGGAAUGGCUGGACCGAGGCCCUUCUACUCCAUUGAGAGGAGGGGCCAUCGUGAUGGGUACAAACAUCCCGACGUCGAUGGUGAAAUGGUAGAUAGCGAAGAGGAGCGCGAGAGCAGUGACUGGCCAUGGCGAGGACCGCCCGAGGAGAUCGAGACAGACUUGAACCUGGAUGAGGUUCUCCCGUUAUGGUGCGGACAUAGCCCGAAUGCGGACCUGCGCAUUUCCGAAGACGCAGGUCACUUCUUGUGCGACUUUAUCUACUACUCCAGCCUCUCAGAGCUAUGGAAGCUGCAGCGUCCUAGAAAAGCGCUAUUCCUCCACGUCCCAGCAGAUGCCACGCCUGAGAGCGUUGAGAAGGGGAGGGAUCUGACAUUGAAUCUGAUAAGGUCUAUUGUCGAGAGCGAGAUUGUUGCUAAGAAUAGCUCACAGGGGGGACAGACUGGUGAUGGGGAACUGUGA